CACAAUUUGAUUCACAGGAAGCACAUGGGCAUGGUUCUGUCGGAACCCAUUGACGCAAACUCAUUAUAAUAAAGCCAGUGCCCUCUCCCUGCGACAACGGGUUCUCUAAACCAAACCCCGCACCCACCCCCGCCCUCGUUGCACUUUCACCACCCAAAACCACCCCAAACAAAACAAAAUGUAUCUCCGCGCCAUCCACGCCGAAUCCAGCAUCGCCUACCUGCACCAACUCAUCCGCGACAACCCGCUGGGCAUCUUCACGACCGCCAUCCAAUCCGCCUCCCACCCGCUCCUCCAGACCAGCCACAUCCCGUUCGUCCUCGACGUGCCCGAGUCCCCCACUGCCACAGAUGCCGGUGCCGAACCCACCCUCCUCGGCACCCUGCGCGGCCACAUGGCCAAGCAGAACCCGCAAGCCAAGGCCCUGAUGGAGGCGCUCGCCGCCCACCACACUACCCAGAACAGCAGCGGGGCCCUCGAGCUCCCCGACGAGGUCCUCGUCCUCUUUAACGGACCCUAUCAUCACUACGUGACGCCCAAAUUCUACACCGAGACCAAGCCCGCCACCGGCAAGGUGGUCCCCACCUGGAACUACUCGGCCGCGCAGGUGUACGGCAAGGUGCGGGUGUUCUGCGACAGCAAGUCCGACGAGACGGGCGCGUACCUGCAGCGGCAGGUGGAGGAUCUGUCGCGCGAGGCGGAGACGCGCAUCAUGGGGUACGAGAAGCCGUGGGCCGUGGCGGAUGCGCCGGUCAAUUAUGUGGAGUUGCUGAAGAAGAACAUCAUCGGGAUCGAGAUCCGCAUUGAGCGGUUGCAGGGGAAGGUGAAGAUGAGUCAGGAGAUGGGGGCCGGGGACCGCGAGGGGGUCAUUCAGGGGUUUGAGGCGUUGGGUGGGGAGAAUGGGUUGGGGGUCGCGAGCACGGUUAGGGAGAGGGCGGAGUUGAAGGAGAUGAGGAAGAAGGAGAGGGAGGGGGUGAAGGAGGAGGAAGCGUGAUCUGUGAGCGUUAGGCUGUGUAAUGUACGAGAGAUGAAUUGAUGCUGGCAUGCAAGUUCAAGUUUAUUGAUUAGGGUCUGUGUUUGGAUCGGAUUCCA